AUGAAUAAGGGUAAAACAAUUAUUCUUAUUGAUGGUGACGCUCCACCACCUUUGAUACCAUCAAAACGUUUUACAUUGGCUUUACUUGUCUUUUUUGCUUUUAUUGUUCAAUAUUCUCAACGUGUUAAUUUACC